AUGGCUUUCACUGCUUCUGACAUCAUCAAGAUCAUCUUGGCCUUCAUCCUCCCUCCCCUCGGAGUCUUCCUCGAGACCGGAUGCGGCAGCGAUCUCCUUAUCAACGUCAUCUUGACCUGCCUGGGUUGGUUCCCCGGUAUCCUCCACGCCCUCUACGUCAUCCUCCGAAAUUAG